AUGAUCUUCGAUCCCAGCCCCAUCGAGCUUCCAUUUUCUUACGAAAACGUUGAAACAACCGGCCAUGUUAUUGUCUCUCACUACCCCCCAGGCACGCCGGCAGUGACCCCAGUUGUCGUCGUAACGCUGAAUCGUCCUGCUAAACAUAAUGCGUUCACCCCGCAAAUGGUCUUGGACUUCGAGAAGCUCUUCCCCAUGUUCGAUGUCGACGAGCGCGUGAGAGUUGUUAUCUUGACAGGCGCUGGAAAGACAUUCUGCGCUGGUGCCGACCUUGAUAUUGGUUUCGGUGGUGGUAAAGGCAGGACAGCAGACCAUCGUGAUGGCGGUGGACGAGUCUCACUGGCAAUCCAUAGAUGCCGCAAGCCCACAAUUGCAGCAAUGCAAGGCUCAGCCGUUGGAGUCGGGAUGACCAUGACUCUCCCAGCAAUCAUCCGGAUUGGCUAUGAAAAAGGCAAAUACGGCUUCGUCUUCGCCCGCCGAGGUAUAACUCUAGAGUCAUGCUCCUCUUACUUCCUCCCCCGUCUAGUCGGGUACUCCAACGCCAGCUACCUCGUCAGCACGGGGGCAGUCUUCCCCCCUACAUCCAAGCACUUUGCCGACCUCUUCAAUGAGAUCCUUCCCGAGUCAUCGCAGGUCCUGCCGCGCGCUCUCGAGCUAGCCACUGAUAUUGCCGAGAAUGUGAGCCUGGCUUCGUCGUACCUCAAUCGGGCGCUUAUUUGGCGCGACUCUGGUUCGGUGGAGGCUGCUCAUCUCGUCGAGUCGCGAGUCAUCAACCAUAUGUUUGGAUCUGAAGACCAGAAGGAGGGUGUUGCGGCGUUCUUUGAGAAGCGAAAGCCGAACUUCAAGGCUAACCUUGAUGAUAACCCGCCGCCGAGUGUGCCGUGGUGGACAGAGGUUGAUACUGGCCGUAAGCCUAAAGCCCAAAGGCCUUCGAAGCUUUAA